AUUCUUGACCUUGCUGGAACUCUGCAACCAGUGAGAUCACUGGAUGACAUUCCCAAGAUUGUUGCUUUAACCUCUCAUUGGUUUGUGUUAGGACGAGCCCAUUUAGCCCUGGAGAGGUUUCAGGAGGGGCUGUCGGCGCAUGGAGUGUUGGCAGCCACGAAAGAAUCUCCAGAUACCUUUCGUCUGUUGUUUUGCUAUACUCCUGAAGUGGUUACUACUGCAGAAAAUUUGGAAGGGUUGUUCACAGUUAAGACAAGUCCUGUUGGGUCAACCAAAGCAGUUACUGAAAGCCUUUUGCUCUCGCGUUGGAGUGACUAUUUGCAAGAUAUAGAAGACGGCGAGGAUUCCAUUCAUCUAAGCGACAUCUUAUUCUUUGCUACGGGGUGCAGAACCUAA